GCCAUGCAGACAGCUACAGACAGCAAGAUGGAGUGUGUGCUGGGAAUAGACGUUGGUACCAGCAGAGUCAAGUGUGCCCUAGUGAACACCGCGGGACUGAGUAUCUUGCAAGAGAGCUCAGUUGAUUUAGGAGAACUCCAAACAUCUUCAGUGACUGGAGCAAGUGAGAGAAGUGUUGCCGGGAUACAAUCCUCGUUGGAGUCAUGUCUGGACAAGUUCGAUACUGCCCUGUUGACAUCUGUGAGAGCCAUAGCAGUGUGUGGGCAAAUGCAUGGCUGUUUACUUUGGAGCAGUACAAACGAGCAAACCCCAAGCAAUCUUAUCACUUGCCAAGAUGGACGAUGCGAUACAAAUUUUCUCUCUUCCUUACCGCAGACUAGACAGCCGGUUGCUAUCAGCUCUGGUUAUGGAUGUGCUACAUUGGCGUGGUUACAGAGACACUGUCCGGAGCAGUUGAAGGGCUAUGAUUGUGCUGGCACCAUCAUGGACUAUGUGGUGUGGGCGUUAGUGGGUGAUGACGACAGAGGUGUGCUCAUGAUGUCCAAUCAGAAUGCAGCCGGCUGGGGUUACUUUGAUCAAGCCAACAUGUCCUGGGAAACAGACCUUCUAGCUGAGUCUGGCUUCCCUGUUCAUCUACUACCGAGGGUGGUGUCAGUACCCGCCAUUGCUGGCCGUCUCAAGAGCUCCUGGCAUGGUAUAGCAGGGGGUGUGCUAGUGGGCGUGGCACUGGGGGACAUGCAAUGCUCCGUAUUGGCUGCUCAACCCAACACGACUGAUGCUGUGCUGAAUAUUGGGACUUCAAGUCAGCUGGUGGCCAUCAAGAGCACCCCCCUCGACCAUCUACCCACCUCCGUACUGAAAGUGCCCUACUUCAGUCAGCAGACACUUAUCGUCGCUGCCUCGCUAUCUGGUGGCAAUGUAGUCAAGACUUUUGUGAGUACUCUACGCUCUUGGCUGGGUGAGCUGGGUCUACCAUGUCCUAUUGAGGAGGAGAUCUACGCUAGACUGAUGACCAGGGCCCAAGAUCACAUGACUACAACGCUGCGAGUGGACGUGAGGCUAUGGGGAGAGAGACACACACCCAAUCAGAGAGGAGGGUUGGAAAAUGUCGCCGAAGAUAACGCGUCGAUUGGAGAUGUUGCUAGCGCUCUGUUUAGAGGAAUUGUGGAGAAUCUGCAUUCUAUGAUGACAGCCAAGGUUCUACAAGAGCUAAAGGUGACGAGAUUACUGGGAAGUGGUACGAGUUUGGAAAAGAACGACGUGUUAAGGAAACAUACGGAGAAUGUGUUUGGACUUCCACUGAUAAUCAAGCCGGGGGUGGGCUCUCCUCUGGGGGCAGCCAAGGCAGCAAUACUUUUAUAUUAAACUCAUAUUUUAUGUGCAUUGUGUUUAAAAAAUGAUGGAUGUACAAUCAUCUUGAAUCAUCACAAUAAAUAUUUUCAGAAAUAAAAAGAUGAUGUAUAUUCAAGAAG